GUGAACGAUCUGAUCUCUAUAAAACUCUCAAACCAUUUUCAUUUCUCCAGAGUCAUCAUCACUUUCACCACCGAAACCAAACAAUCUAGAAUUAACAGACAACGACAACCGACUCUUCAAGUCCAAUUCAGUUUUUCGAACAGAAUUUUCUCGAGAAAAUUAAGAAAAACAAAUGGAAAUGGUCACCAGGAUAGGGAAAUUCGAUCACGAUGACGAUCAUCUCAAUCUGAGACUCGGAUUGCCCGGCACUUCCGAGGCGCGUGAGAAACAAGCGCCUUCUCUUGGUUCGAGAACUUCUAACAAGAGAGCUCUCCCUGAGGACGCUGAGGAUCCUGGGUCUAACAGCAAGUGCAGCAGAACGGAAUCUGCAAAUGCCGAUAGUGCCCUUCCCACCAAGACACAAGUGGUAGGGUGGCCGCCGAUUCGGUCUUACCGGAAAAACAAUACGCAAUCAACGGUCAUGAAAACGCCGCAGUCUGACGUGGCAGGAGGCAACAAUAAUUACGUGAAAGUAAGCGUCGACGGAGCUCCUUAUCUGAGGAAGAUCGAUCUUAGGGUUUACAAGAAUUAUCCGGAGCUUCUCAAGGCAUUGGAGAGCAUGUUUAAUCUCACUAUUGGCAAUUACUCCGAGAGAGAAGGAUAUAAUAAUGGAUCAGAUUAUGCUCCGACUUAUGAAGACAAAGACGGUGAUUGGAUGCUCGUUGGAGAUGUUCCUUGGGACAUGUUUGUUUGCUCUUGCAGACGACUGAGAAUCAUGAAAGGCUCAGAAGCUAGAGGACUGGGUUGUGCAUGAAAAUCCAAACACGACCUGGCGACCAUAAGAUUAUCAAGGAAAAUUCCUAGGAAAGAAAAUAAUAAUAAUAAUAAUAAACACAGAGUUUAGCUGCAAUUGUACAGAGCAAAAUAUAUGUAUUGAAUAUUUUAGUCCUCAGUAAUAGGUUAUAUUAUUAUGUAUGUAAAUCACUAUAAGAUUACACAAAAGCGAAAUAUGCCACAAUUUUUUUCUUGUAGAUCUACAUUUAUUGUAAUGAUUUAAAGUCGAAAGAAGUUAC